CCUAGGUCGAUACUCUCAGACGUAUCUUGGAUCUAUGACUUAGCAAACUUGCUAACUCAAUAAACCCCUCUAGUAAACAAUCAAAUCCUCUCACAAUGCCCGUUGAGAACUACGGAGUAUGGAAGGCAAAGCCUGUCCGUUUCACUUAUGAAACCGAUGCACAAGACCAUGUGUCUCCUCAUUUAUCGUUGUUCUUUACUACCAGUGACAACAGGCAGGGGGAAGGUCGCGCAGCAAUAAACAUCAAGUCUGGGGAUAAGAGUGACUCCCGAUUAGUGUUUUGGUUGGUCAAGAAUUUCGAAAACUUUCAGAAUGAACGACUUCGGGAGAUGAAGCCAGGGUUUAACCGGCUGGAAGGCACCAUGGAGCAAGCGUCCAGCGGCCUUGCACUGGACUAUAUUCGAGGAAAUUUGUUCCACCGAGAAAGAGGCCGACUCCUCCCCCAUGACGUCCCUGGGCCUGAUAACGAUAUAUUGGAUGAACUGAUCCCGGUGCUGGAUGCUGCGGUCGACAACGACAGCGUGAUCUACAUCUAUGGGUCGCAUUUCAGCAAUGGCAAUGGUAUCCAUAAUGUUCACAUGAACCAAGGAAGCCCGAGGAAGUGGAAACACGACAAUGGGAUCUACCAGGAUGGGGCUAUCCUGCUGGACUUUGGGGAUCACUGGGAGGGGGUGUUUAUUGGUUUCGCGUCUCAGGCUGUGCAUACUGACGCCGAAGGUCAGCCUACUCCCUCGCGCGGAUAUCUUACCUGGAAUGAGCUCUUGAACCCUGAACUCCCCGGGGAGCAACGGAAAAAGCGCGAUGUGAGUGAUCGGACCGUGACCAUCAGCGAGGCCGUAAUCCACCAUCAUGGUACAGCGCCAACAACCAAACCCGACAUGGUCACUCUGACGAACCGUGGAGACUCGUCCGUGGUACUCAGUGGCUGGAGCGUUCGGAAUCACAAAGGCGACAAUGAAUACCUGCCCGAUGGUGCUGUCUUGCGUCGAAGACGUCGCCACAGCUUUCAGCUGCACAACUGCGCGCUCUCCGAUGAGGGUGGUACAAUCACGCUCUUGAAUGAGCAGGGGCUCAAGGUGGACGGCGUGCGAUAUACGGCGGCACAAACAAGCCCUAGCCAUGUUGUCUCGUUUUAAGUCCAAUAGGGGGUUAAUGAUGGGUGUCCCAGCUGAUGC